CAAAAGCAGAAACAGCUAUCCUGCACUUAAAUUGUACUUGUUGCAGUUGCUGCUGCCUCACAAAAUCAUUCAUGCUCAAGACAUUUAUGCGAACCGAUAAGAGGACAGUCGAAGCUACAAAUAAACCAGGCAGCUGGAAUGGCAACAAAAUAAGCAUCUUUGGCUUCAACACAACAGUCGCAAGUUAAUAAUAAUACAUUGGUGGAAAACCGAUUUAAUUGAAGAUAAAAAUAUGACAAUGUCGAGGAAAUUAAGCAGCAAAAUCUGGCGGAGCAGCCGACAAAAAACAAUAUUAACGUUUUGGGGAAAAACAUCAAGAAAAUCAGCAGAUACACCAAACCAAAUCAGCAGAGCACUUUCAUCAAGUAACUUAGUUAUCUGCGGCUGUCUGAUAGUAAUCUUCAUCGCAUCUGUAACCACGGCCAAAGCACCGGAUCAGGAAGCUAUCCAUCACAAAAAUGACGAAUUUCCGGAAGAGGAAAGCGACAUGCUGAUGGAGCCAAAUGAUUUUUCGCCAAUCACUGUAUUGAAAUCGCAUGAACAACACUUCCAUAUGCCGCCCACAACGCAACUUCAACCACAAAUUCAAACCAGAAUACAUCCCAGAAUUCAACCCAGGAAAUUUCAAUCCGCAGCCCAACAAAAUGCCGAUGGGGAGGAGCCAUUCCGACCCAUUGCUAAUCCAAAUACGAAAAUAGUUGGGGAUUCCCAUACGCAGGCUGCCCAAAAUUUUUAUCCACCAUUCUACCAUGAGGCUCCUCCAUUGGGCCACUCCAGACCCUAUUUUGGUCACGGUCCGCCUGUAUCGGAAACAACUCCUUUAUCCCUACCCCUUCCACUCUUGGCAACUCAACAACAACAGCCAGCAACUCAGCAGCGGACUUUCGAUGCCAGUAUACUUGGAAGCGGGGAUUUUGGUGUCCUUAGAGGUGGAACCUUCUAUCCGGAGGAGGAAAUGCCCUAUCAUCCCGAAGAUAACAGUGAUUACAUCUAUGGAGACGCUAACAAUGGACACGGUCGUCCAUCCGAAGGAUUUGUGCAGAAGUACACAUAUCCAGAGGAGCAGUUCGCAAAUUUCCGCGAUUUUGCCGAUAUCAACACACCCGCUGAUACGGCAUUUUCGCAGUUUGUGGUGGUCUAUGCAGCCAAAAAUGCCACUGCACCACACUCACAUCCGCAUCCCAAAAACAUAUUUGAACAGUUGGAGCAGCUGGACAGGGAAAAAGAGCUGAAGAAGACCGAAUUCGAGGGCAAAACUUCUUCGAAAAUAAAGUCGAAACUGUCGAAGACAAAGUUGCAAAAGAAAUACCGCAAAAAGGCGGCUCCCAAAGUGCAGGAUCCUCAAGACAUAGAGCCCUUAUUAGCUCUGAGUUAAGCGUCAAAAAGAAGAAGCCUAAAAAGAAAGCACCCAAACUUUCGAUUACCGUUGUUAGUUUUAUUUAUUAUAUAUCGAGAUAAAUGCAAGCCGCAACAAAAUGUAAUAGCCACCCCACUCCAUGUCCACAAAUGCAAGCACUUUACCAUAACAUAAACAUAUAUUAUUUCUGUUUUUUUUUGUCUGUCUGCUUUUAAUCUCGCACUGUUUGUUAAAUUUUAAAACUAGCCUGUAGUCUACUACAUAUAUAUAUAUAUAUUAUAUAGAUAUAUAUAUCUUAAUGAUUUAUUCGCAAUUAUAAUGUAGUUCUUUUUUGUCUAAUUAAGCAUAAUUUUAUUAUGUGUGUGUACAUAAAAACAGAUAUGAUAAUUGUAAUUUUAAACUAAAUAAAAAUGAUUUUUAAAAAAUAGUACAUAAAUAUUCAUUUAAUAAAUGCCUUUAUUUAUCCAU